AUGACGCUCCCGCUGCAUCGGCUCUACCAACCGGCUGAGGCGAACAUCGCCACGGCCUACACCACACACCAAUACAGGACUGACCCGCAGGACCACCUGGAACAGACGUUUGCAUUUACACAGAAGAAACUGGGAGACAGCGCCGAAGGACGCAAAGCCUACUACGAUCCAAAGGCGUCUCACAACGAACUCCAGGUUGGAGACCAGAAGAAUUACCUGAUGAAACCAGCUCCGGCCAUACCUCAGGAAAUGCCAGAUGAUGACUCCCAGGAACCUCUAAUGCUACCUGCUGUGAAAUCCGAUGCUCCAGCCAUACCAGAGGAAAGGCUACUUCACUCCCAGCUGAAAUUCAUGUGGAGAAAAAACAGCAGUGAGACAUACGUUUCACAGGUGCUGUCACAAGUGAAAGGAUAUUCAUUCCUAAUACAUCACAGUGACCUACUAACACUGAAGCCUCACAACUGGCUAGAUGGAGAGGUAAGUUACUGA